AUGUCUCCCACCAAAACAGCAGCAGCGGCCGGCCCUCUCGCCGAGCGCUCUCCCAACCCGACAUCGCCCACCAAGUCAAAGUCGCCUGGCAAGCUCGCUCUGGCAGACGCGGGCCGAGUCAUGCCCCGGUUCGAGAUGCCGUCGUUGGCGCAACAGCAACAGCAGCAGCAGCGAGGAAGAGUGGGAUACGUGCAGGGUCGGAACCGAAACCAGAACCCGAACACCGCCAACCAGACGUAUAUCUCGCCCUCGGAUGCGAUCCGCAGUCCCGCGACCAAGAAAUUGAGUGAGAUCAAGGAGCGGCGAAUCUUGAGCAUGAAGCCGCAGAUGUUGUUCGCAAAGACGCUGGCUCAGGAAAAUCUCAAAGCGAAGGUGCAGGCACAGGGUCAGAGUCAGGACGGGGUUCAACAUUAG